UCUUACCAGUUUUGCGUGGUAGAUAUUUUUUUCUCUCUCCCAAGAAACAAACGAGAGGGCCUCUCUCUUUAUCUUUUUCUCACAUCAACCACGGAUUCGACUCGACUAGACUUUCUUCCCAAAACACUGAUCGAUUUUAGGGUUUCCCAGAAGACUAAGAAAUAUUUUACUUCUUUCUGUAAUUAAAGAGACAAAGGAAGAAAAGAUUGAAUAAUUAUAGUGAUUUUGGAUAUAAAAUUGAUUUAAAUUCAUUUUCUGAGAAAAAAAAAUUACAUGGCUGACUCUAGAAACCGAGAUUUUUGUGAAAACGACAGGAACAACGGUGAUAGAAAUGGUGUUGAUGAUCAAUACGACGGCGUUGAAUACGAAGAUUCCUCUUCGGCAUCCUUUGGUGCCGGAUCUGCGUCGAGGAGCGAGGUUGGGCUCGAGGAGCGUUUGACGGAGAUUCUCGUCGAGGAACGAGAUGGCGAUCUGUUGCUUCAACAAAACAAUAGAGAAGAGAGGGUGUUACAGUGGCUGAUGGCGCUUGAUAUGCAAGUUAUCGGUGCUUGUCGAACCGAUGAGAGGUUAAAACCAUUGUUGAAAAUGAAUGCCUCCAACGGCGCUGCUGAAGAUCGCUUGCUUGCUCACUUAAGCCAGCAUUUUGAGCCGGCUGAAGUUGGUAUGCUGGCGAGGUGCUUCUGCAUACCGCUUGUAUCCAUCCGAGUUGGGAAGAUCAACAAGCAAGGGACUCUGUUGUGCCCUACUGCUGUAAGGGGAAAUCUUAAUCUCACGGUGUUGCCAACAUCUGAUUUACGCCUUUCUUUUGUUGGUGAUGAUGGUCACACUGAGAGACUAGUUGUCUUGAGUAGCCAAUCCCACUGUUCCACAAUAACAAUAGAGGGUAUUGCGACGGACAGUUCUGGCAGAUCUUUCCUUAUAAAAGUCCCAGAGAGCCAAAGUUUUUACUUUUGGUGCUCAGAGAAGUCAAAGCUCUUGGGUAACGAGUUGCUAUCAAAGAUGAAUGACUUGCUAUCAAGAAGACCUUCCAUUGCUGAACUAACUGGAAUCAGUGAUUCAAGGCUUGGUUGCUUUGCAACUCAACUUCGUGCCUAUCUUGUCGGAUCAACUACAGUUGGAACUCAAAUAAAUGAGCAUCAGAAUGCCAGAAUUGAGCAAUCCGAUGCUACUACUCCCCAGGAUGGACAAUUUUCAUCCGUAUUAUCAAAAUCUCUAAGAUUGCGGCACCCUGGGAGUCAGGUAGUAAGGCCUAAUUCAUCAUUUCAGGCCAGCUUAAGUCCUAGAUCAAGUUCCUUUAAAGAAGGCAUGUCCAGAAACCUGUCUUCCCUUAAGAACUCUGCUAGAGAAAUGUUGAGGCGACGUGGGGACAGCCAUCCUGCUGUUGAUAACCUGACCAUCACUUCAGUGUUAGCUCCUGAUGGAUCUUUGAGUCACUUUGAGAAUGUCAAGGUGCCUGAGACUAUAAGAAGUUUGUCAUUACCUUCUUCUUCCUUUUUGGAGUCAUUAGGGAACUUGUCUGUACCUGCAACUCUCAGCUCAGAAUCCCAAAUUCCUUUAAUGGGCGCUCCUCUUUUGUCUCCCUACUACUGCUGGUGCCCUCCAGGUUCAUCGACACUGCAGUGCUCAGCUGAACCGAUACAAUUUCCCAGCUCAUCAUUGGAAUCUCCUUUGCUCCCACCACUUUCCUCUCUAUUGCCAUCAACAAUUUCCUCCAGUUUGUUGACACAAACCCCACCUUUUAAUCUGGUUGAUUCUCCAUCUCUAGACUUCCCUGCUUUUCUUCCUGAUCCAUUGGUCCGAUUCCCAAGGCCUACUGCCCAGCAGAUCCCAACGUUUACACCACUAAUGUGCGACCCUAUUGUUCACAUUCCAGUGAUAGAUGUCUGCUCUUCGGGUCAAGGCUAUCUGGUGAGCGCUGGUCCUGCUAUGUCAACUGCCAUCCCUCCACUGCAUCCAAAUCUUGUUAACCCAUUGAUACCAGACACUAACUCAAUGGUGGAAAAGGGUGCAAGAGAGACUCUACGGAUGCUCAUAAACAGUUCAAGCCAGAAUAUGCACUCUCAGGCCAACGAGAAUCCAGGAAUGAUGGUUGGUGGGAGCAGGGGUUUAUAUGGUAGAACAGUGGAUGUUGGUGUUAUUGUUGGUGGGAGCAGGGGUCUAUUUGGGGGAUCAAGGGAUGUUGGAGUUAUCGCGAGUAGCAUUGCGGCUAUUGGUUUGGUUUCACUUUCAGGUAGAUCAGAUGGGGAUUCCCAUGGACAUUCUGGUUUGCACGAAGAGGAAUCUUGUGGUUAUAAUGGUUCUUGUUCAGAUGAUGAAGAUUAGAUGUAUGUUACCAUCAAAUAGAAAUCGUUGCCAUCCUUUGUCUUUUUCUUUUGGGUGUUACAAAUGUAGAUGUAGAUAUUCAAAGCCUUGGCCCUCUGAAAUGUAAUUAGCGCCAGCCCCAUCUUUGUUGUGGUUCUUUGUUGUUUUUGUGGACUAGAAUGUGAAUGAAUUUUGUAUUUUGCUA